UAAAAGCUGAAAUGAAAAAUGUCUCGAUUGCGAAAGAUGGUGUGAGCUGCUCAUCACCCUUCAGUGAGGUUGGAGGACGUUGUAUGUAUGUUGACUUAGUAAACACUGGCUCCUGGGACACGAUGCGUUCCCACUGUAAGAGUAUUGGCGGUGACCUGGUUAAGUUGAAUGACGCUGAGGUGUUUUCUGCUCUCAUCCGUUACAUACACGGCAGUGGUUUCCCUGAUCAUCCUUAUUGGAUCGGCGGCACAGACGAGGGACAUGAAGGAGUGUGGCUUUGGGUGGACCAAGAACCUGUUCAGAUGGGAACUCCUUACUGGGCUAAUUAUGGCUGUGACAAUAAACAAAUGCCAGACGGUGGAACAAGUCAAAACUGUGUUCUGAUUGAUUAUAGUGUACACUAUUAUUUCAAUGAUGUAGGUUGUGAACUUGCCAGAUAUGCAAUUUGUGAACAAUAAGCAUACUGCAUUGUACCGCAAUGUCCUUAGUGAUUGCCCAGACAGGAUUUAAUAUCAGUUGCCCCUGGAGAAUCAUUCAUUUCCAAGUCGUCUCCUCGUCAAAAUUUUAGAGAGCUAACGAAAUCCUCACUUCUACUCUUGCCAACAUCUUUGCCUCCAGCAGUGAUGAUUGAAUUAGUCCCAUUAUCUUUCAUAAUGUUGCCAAGAUGGCUAACAAUAUCCUGUAUCGUAGCCCAAGGAAAACACACGCUCUGCCUCCUUUUGUUAUCCCUAGGACAAAACGCCCUCUCCAUGAAUUUUGUCUGGGAAUCCCCAACAAUAACAACAUUCUUACAUUCACUGGUGCAUUUCAUUAUGUGGUCCGUCGUCUUACCGUCGUCCCUGGUCGUUAUGUUGGUCGCUCUGCAUUUGUCCUGGAGCAUAGCUAAGGUGUUCGUGGCUCCCAUCCCUCUAUCCUUCCUCUUGACCUUCAGCUUCGUCCCUUUACUCACAACCACUGUCUAUCUUUCUUCGUUGUUCUGAGAAAUCAUCACAAAAGGAUUACUACGAAUCCUCUUGUUUUCCUCAGUCAGUCACCAUAUCUCUUAGCUUCCUCUAGCUCCUCCCUCACUUGCUGGUUUAUUUGCCCGUAAGAAGGCAUGGUUGGUUCAGCUUGCAGAGAGUUCACAAUCUGCGUGUUUACACGAUACAGGUCAGGAUGCCCGAACAUUAAACCGACAACUAGAGUGCCCCAGGGUUCCUGUGUGAGACUUGAAUUACCUCCCCAGCCCUAAUAUAUCACAAUUUGCUGACGAUGUAAUACACGUUUUGUCCUCCACCCAAACUGAUAAAAACGACAAUCAUGUAAACGUGAUAGGAUUGGCCAUUUACUGUGCCACAAACCCACAAAUUGGAAAUCAGCAAUAUUUGAUGUUACUCUGUGACUCUGGUCAACUGUGAGAAAUUAUGUGAAUGAAUUAUUACACACACAUAAUUUGGGGAGGACACAACUAAAAGAGACAUAACACUUAUUAAUAUUGGUUGUACCUCGAUGAUGGAUAGUAUUUUAGGGACACUGGUCGCAACAGUAUCUCUUCUUCGAUACCAACCCACUCAUCCCACUCUUCCAUAAACUGGAUUUCAAGUAUUUAUGAAUUAUUAAAUUUAAACCAGUGGGCUGUAUAUGGACUAUUGAUGACCUGAUUAUACUAAUUAGUAGUUUGGUUAGCAAACAAUGCACAUUUAUUGGAGAAUGUGCAUAAAUUUCAUAUAUCAGUUUUAUAUUACAUAGUAAGUGCAACAUUAUAAGGAACCGCUUACCAAAAUAUUUCUUAGGUCUCAUAUCCUAACUCUACCUUAACAGACAGAUAUACUAGAGGUUGGCCAAAAUAGCAAUAUAAAUGAACUGGGAAGUUUACAUAUACGAGGUGUGUCACAUUUCCAGAAAACGUUGCUUCUCUUAUGUUCCACUUACCAACUUUAUUGUAGCUGAGUCACUCUUGAAUUUCACAAUUACAGGAACC